GAAGCAGCUCGCCCCCCAUUCCUCGCCCCCACUCACUCCACCACGGACCAAACCCUCGCCGCCGUCGCCCCCCUUUUCCCCUCCACCGGCGGCCAUGGACCCGAUGAUCGGCGUCAGCAGGAGCGACAUGCUCGCCGGCUUGGAGCGCGACGGCUUGGACCCGGGGACGCUGGACGCCGGCACAAACCUGCUGCUCCACGUCGUGUACGACUACCUCCCGGACCCGCCCGUCUCCCCCACCGCCACCCUCUCGCUCGCCGGCGCGUCCUGGGUCCCCGACGGCGUCGACCGCAUCAGCUGCCUCCCCGAUGUGGUCCUCCGCGACAUCAUCUCCCGCCUCCCCGCCAAGGACGCCGCGCGCACCGCCGCCCUCGCCUCGCGCUGGCGCCCCCUUUGGCGCUCGGUGCCCCUCACUCUCGUCGACAGCCACCUGCUCCCGGACGGCGGCGCGCGCGGGCAGCUCGUCAUCGGCGCUCCCUCUCCCCGCGCCGUCACCGCCGCGGUGUCCCGCGUCCUCGCGGCGCACCCGGGCCCCUUCCGCUGCGUCCACCUCACCCGCACCACCAUGGAGGAGCACCGGGGCGAGAUGUCGCGCUGGCUCGACAUCCUCGUCGCCAAGGGGGUCCAGGAACUCAUCUUUGUCAACCGGCCUUGGCCGAUAGACCUGCGCCUCCCCGCCACGCUUUUCAGCUGCUCCACCCUCACCCGCCUCUACCUCGGCGUCUGGAGGCUGCCGGACACCGCUGCCGUGCCGCGCGGCGCCAGAUUCCCCAAUCUCAAGGAGCUCGGUCUGUGCUUCUGUGUCAUGGAGGACCGUGAUCUGGCCUUCAUGCUUGAAAGAAGCCCCGUCCUGGAGUUCCUCGUCCUCAUGGGAAGCCAGACCGGAGUGCGCCUCCGCCUCGUCAGCCAAAGCCUGCGGUGUCUUCAGCUGGGCUUUACCUGCUUGGAGGACAUCGAAGUGGUGGAUGCCCCUCGCCUGGAGAGGCUCUUCCAGCGGGACACCGACGUUACUGAGGGCGACACUGCCACGAUCAAGAUUGGGCGUGCACCUAACCUGCGUGUGCUGGGAUAUCUUCAGCCAGGAGAGCAAGAGCUGGAGGUCUGCGUGGCUGGGAGCAAGGAGAAGAUUGCCCUUAGUGUGCAGAUAUUGGCCAUAGAGGUGCGAUUCGGUGUUCGUAGUGCUGUCAAGAAAGUGCCAGGCUUUCUCAGAUGCUUCCCUAACCUGGAGACGCUCCAUGUCCAGUCCCGCAUCGAUGAAGAGCCCAAUGGCAAGGUCAAUCUGAAGUUCUGGCAGGAGGGCGGUCCCAUGAAAUGCGUCGUGCAGAGCAUCAAGAAGGUGUUUUUCUACGAGUUCCAGGGGUUGAGAAGCGAGGUUGCUUUCCUCAAGUUCAUCGCGGAGAGAGGUCGGGUGCUGGAGCAGAUGGUUGUUGUGGUGGCCAGUGAGUGUUUCUCCUCAGGGGACAAUGUGAAUGCGAAGCUGAAGCCUCUGAUCAGUGCAAAAUGGAGCAACAAAGCUUGCAAAGUAGAGCUUUUCAAGAGCCCACUCGACAACGUGGGAGGUCCAGCUUACUGCCACGAAAUAGCUUCGGAUUUUGAGGUUGCUGAUCCUUUUGAUCUCAACUACUACUAUGAAGCAGAAAGGAUCUCUCUGUAAGGUAAUUAGUAGUACCCUGCCUCUUGCCUCUUGCCUCUUGCCUCUUGUGCUGCAAGACUACUGUUACUAUUGGGACCUGAAUUUCUGCAUGAUGAUGUUGUUUUGCCAAGUCAAGUCUUGUGUGGUAGCAGUUCGAAUUAGACAAAAUAUUGGCACACCAGUUUCUAUGUCUGUUCCUUUGAAAGUCUGUUCAGUGAGCCUUCACCUUAUUCUGCGUUAAAGGGCAAAGGACUGACGAACGGCUAAUAUAUGUAUCCAAUCAUCAUGUUUUCCCAAAAUUUAUAAAACAUGCACCAGUUAUUGUAGUCAGUGGCAUUGCAUAGCAAUUGCCAAGGACUCUUUUGUAAAUCAAUAUGCUGCCUUCUGUAAAAAUAUGGUAUGCCACUCUUGAAAAAAAAAUCCUGCAGAUUUUUUCAUGUUUUUUUUAGUUUAUUAUUUGGAGGAAUACCAGGACUUAAUGAGUUCUUUUGUCAAAGGAAUAUUUCAACAUUAUUCAGUAUAGUAUAUUUUUACACUCAUUCGUGUUGGGCUGGGAUACUUAAUUUUCAUUUGUUUUUCCUGUAUUUUCUUGUUCCUGAUGUCCAAAGAGUAGAGCCACGUA